UUCCUGAGUCUGCGCAGACUCAGAAAAUUUCGGCAAGCCUAAGAAUGGCGGGCACGGGUUUAGUCGCCGGAGAGGUUGUGGUAGACGCGCUGCCGUAUUUUGACCAAGGUUACGAAGCGCCCGGUGUGCGGGAAGCGGCUGCAGCGCUGGUGGAGGAGGAAACCCGCAGAUACCGACCUACUAAAAACUACCUGAGCUACCUGACAGCCCCGGAUUAUUCUGCUUUUGAGACCGACAUAAUGAGAAAUGAAUUUGAAAGACUGGCUGCUCGACAACCAAUAGAAUUACUCAGUAUGAAACGAUAUGAACUUCCAGCCCCUUCCUCAGGUCAGAAAAAUGACAUUACUGCAUGGCAAGAAUGUGUAAACAAUUCUAUGGCACAGUUAGAGCAUCAAGCGGUUCGAAUCGAGAAUCUGGAACUAAUGUCACAGCAUGGAUGCAAUGCCUGGAAAGUAUAUAAUGAAAAUCUAGUUCAUAUGAUUGAACAUGCACAGAAAGAGCUCCAGAAGUUAAGGAAACAUAUUCAAGAUUUAAACUGGCAGCGAAAGAACAUGCAGCUCACAGCUGGAUCCAAAUUAAGGGAAAUGGAGUCAACUUGGGUAUCCCUCGUCAGCAAGAAUUAUGAGAUUGAAAGGACUAUCGUGCAAUUAGAAAAUGAAAUCUUUCAAAUGAAGCAGCAACAUGGAGAGGCAAACAAAGAAAACAUCCGGCAAGACUUCUAAAGAGACAGAUGAAUUUGAUGGGUAGAAAGGAAGGCAGACUGGGCUUUCACAGGAAAUCAGGCAUCUGAGCUGUGAAGGAGAACAGCAUCUUAAGGAAAUCAUCAGUGGUUAAAUGUUUACUGUAGAGUGUGGACUGUUAUAUUUGUACGAUUUAGCAGAAUAAAAGCUUUCAGCUUGGUGGGUUUUUCUGUUUUGUUUUUGCCAUAAAAAAACAACUUUAGGCUUUCAAAAUAAGUAUGACUUUAGAAUAAUAUUAUAGAAUUAAUUUUGAACGACUGGACCAAAUUUUGUAUCCAAGAGAUAUUUAUAGAAAGUUUUUAACAUGUACAAUCAGUUGGAAACUUUUGGUUUAUAUAGUUUCAAAUAAAGGGUUAAGUUCUAAACAGA